AUGGCCCCUCGCAACACCCUCUCCGCGGAUGCCGCGGAGUAUCAAAGUCCGUUCAGUCGGUCCUUCGCCUCCAGCUCGCCCAUUGCCGCGUCCAUCAUUGCCCGAGACCUCGCUCACUACGCCGACGAGGACUCAAUCAACACCAACGAUACCUCCGACUCAUCGACCGUGCGGCCCGCCAGCAGCCAUGCCGGGACCAACCCGCACUCCCUAGCCGGCUCUUAUCGCCGCCCGAGUUAUUUCACCUCCGUCAACCAUACCACCGUAAUUCCCUCAAACGGCGACUACCAGCCUUUGACGCAAAGCGAACGGGAACUCGCGAUCGAAGAAGAGCGCCAGCUGCUAAGCGAUAACAAGGUCAUUCCUACGGAGCACGCCCGCGGAAUACCCCACGGACUGCAACAUAAGCUGAGCAGCCUAUUCUCGACAUCUCCCCAAGAGAGUUCUUCCAAGCAGUAUGGCCCGAUUCGAAGUGCAAGCGGAGUGGACGCCGAGACCGGGGCGAUUGCCACCGAGUCUACCGCGUUGCUGGAACCUCCCCGCGGUGAAGGUGACGCGAUGGGACCGGAGGAGAUCGAUCGGAAAUGGGAAGAGGCCGUGACAGCUGGUCUCAUCAACACGACAUGGCAGCGGGAAGCUCGGGUUAUUGGAAGAUACUCGGCGCCAUUGAUGGUGACUUUCCUGCUGCAGUACUCGCUGACAGUGGCGAGUAUCUUCACCAUCGGCCACUUGGGCAAAGAGGAGCUUGGAGCCGUCAGCUUGGCUAGUAUGACGGUCAGCAUUACUGGAAACGCGGUUUAUUCUGGCCUGGCGACCAGUUUAGAUACCUUGUGUGCACAGGCUUAUGGAUCCGGUAAAAGGAAGCUUGUCGGCCUGCAGAUGCUGCGCAUGGUGUUUUUCUUGUGGUUGGUGACUAUUCCCAUCGCCAUUCUCUGGUACUUCUCCGAGCACAUUCUGGCAAAGAUUGUACCGGAGAAGGAGGUGGCUCAAAUGGCUGGUCUAUAUCUGAAGGUUGCUCUGCUGGGAACACCGGGGGUUGCUUGCUUCGAGAGUGGCAAACGUUAUCUCCAGGCCCAGGGGGUCUUCUCGGCAUCUUUGUAUGUGCUGCUUCUUUGCGCGCCGUUGAAUGCGUUCAUGAAUUGGUUUUUCGUUUGGAAACUCGAGAUGGGCUUCAUUGGUGCACCAAUCGCCGUUGUAAUCACAGAGAACCUAAUGCCAGUCUGUCUCUUUAUAUACGCCUACUUCUUCGUGGGCUCGGAGUGCUGGUGUGGCCUCACCCGACGAGCCUUUGAGAACUGGGGUCCCAUGAUUCGCCUUGCACUGCCGGGUCUGAUCAUGGUGGAAGCCGAGUGUUUGGCAUUCGAAGUCCUGACUCUGGCGUCAAGCUACCUCGGCACCACCGAACUCGCAGCGCAGUCGAUUCUUUCGACCAUCUCGAGUAUCACAUGGCAGAUUCCCUUCCCGCUGUCUAUCGCUGGUAGUACGCGCGUUGCGAAUUUGAUCGGUGCCAGCCUUGUCGGCCCCGCAAAGACCUCGGCCAAGGUGAGCUUCUGCGGUGCUACCAUCGUUGGUCUAUUCAACAUGGUUCUGCUCAUGUCUCUGCGAAACUACAUCCCGAUGCUCUUCAGCUCGGACUCUGAAGUUGUCGAUCUCGUCGCUGAGGUCCUUCCUCUAUGCGCGGCUUUCCAGCUCUUUGACGCUCUGGCAGCCAACUGCAACGGUAUCCUUCGUGGUCUCGGCCGCCAGGAAAUCGGUGGCUACAUUCAACUUUUCUGUUAUUAUGCCAUUGCCAUGCCCAUUAGUAUGGGCACAACAUUCGCCUUAGGUUGGGGCGUGAUGGGUCUGUGGACUGGUGUGGCUCUUGCUCUUCUCCUUGUAUCUGGAGUCGAGUUCUUCAUUAUCGGCCGAAUCAGUUGGGAACGGUCUGUUGAAGAAGCUCAACUGCGCAAUGAGCUGACUUGA